UCAUGGUCCUUAAGGUGUGGCUACUGGAAACGUCUGAGGAAAGAACACCAUGUCCUCAUCAGUUCAGGGUGUCGUGAGCUUCACUGAGCAUCAUGAUGCUGGGCAGAGCGGACAAUGAGGGUCGGGUCACUCUCGUCCCGUCUCACACUUCCACGCAUUUACCAGCAAAGACUGUUGGAGUUCGACAUUUUGCCUUCAUGGAGGAUUAUCACAAACCUGACCAACAGACAGUGCAGGCGUUGAGGAACAUCGCCAAUCGCCUCAGGAUCAACUCCAUCAAGGCGACAACCGCAGCAGGCAUCGGACACCCCACAUCAUGCUGCAGUGUUGCAGAAAUCAUGUCAGUGCUUUUCUUCCACACCAUGAAGUACCGCCCUGAGGACCCAAGGAACUUCCACAGCGAUCGCUUCCUUAUGUCCAAGGUUCAAUCUGCCCCAGCCUUGUACUCAAUGUGGGUUGAGACAGGCUUCCUGAAGGAGAGUGAGUUGCUCAGUAUGUGCCAGGUCGAUUCUUCACUGGAGUGCCACCUUGUUCCUAAGCAACAGUUUGUGGACGUUACAACUGGGUAUUUAGGACAGGGGCUUGGUGUGGCCUGUGGAAUGGCGUACACUGGUAAAUACUUCGACAAAGCCAGCUACCGUGUUUACUGCCUGUUGGGGGAUGGCGAAAUGUCAGAGGGCUCCGUAUGGGAAGCCAUGUCUUUUGCUUCUUACUACCAGCUUGACAACCUAGUGGCCAUCAUGGACAUCAACCGCCUGAGCCAAAGUGACUCUGCGCCUUUGCAGCAUCAUGCCGAGAAAUACCAGAGACGCUGUGAAGCAUUUGGCUGGCACGCCAUUAUUGUGGAUGGACAUAGUGUGGAGGAGUUGUGCAAGGCUCUCAGCCAGCCACGCCAUCAGCCCACUGCUAUCAUUGCCAAAACUAUCAAGGGCAAAGGCAUUUCAGCUGCAGAAGAUAAGAUGGGUUGGCACUCCAAAACACUGCCUAAAGACAUGGCCGAGAUGGUCAUGAAGGAUCUGCAGAGUCGGAUUAUGAGCACCAGCAAGCACCUGUACCCACCUUCUCCUAUUGAGGACUCACCCCCAGUGAGCCUGAGGAACAUCCGCAUGGCCAGUGCGCCCACUUAUAAACCUGGAGAAAAGAUUUCCACGCGUAAGGCCUAUGGGAUGUCAAUCACCAAGUUAGGUCGUUACAAUGAACGCGUCGUGGCUCUUGAUGGAGACACCAACAACCUCACUUACUCAGAGAUCUUCAAGAAUGAACAUCCCAAUCGCUUUGUGGAGUGCUACAUUGCCCAGCAGAAUAUGGUCAGUGUUGCCAUGGGAUGUACUUCCCGUGAGAGAAACAUUGUGUUUGCCAGCACCCUGGCAUCCUUUUUCACACGUGCCUAUGAUCAGCUCCGUAUGGCAGCCAUAUUAGAAAGCAACGUCAACCUCUGUGGCUCCCACUGCGGCCUGUCCACUGGAGAAGAAGGGCCCUCCUUGAUGGGUUUGGAGGACAUGGCCAUGUUCAGGGCUCUCCCUAGAACAACCAUAUUCUAUCCUAGUGAUGGAGUGUCAACAGAGAAGGCUGUGGAAUUGGCUGCUUCCACAAAGGGUGUUUGCUAUAUCCGAACCAGCCGCCAGGACAAUGCCAUAAUCUACAACAGCAAUGAAGAUUUCCAUGUCGGACAAGCUAAGGUGGUGUACCAGAGCAAGGAUGACCAGGUGACUGUGGUGGCUGCUGGAGUGACUCUGCAUGAGGCACUUGCUGCAGCUGAACAUCUAAAGAAAGAAAGGAUAUAUGUGCGGGUUAUUGAUCCGUUCACAAUCAAACCUCUUGAUGCCAAGACCAUCAUUGAUCACACACGUGCCACCAGGGGAAGAAUCCUCACUGUAGAGGACCAUUACUAUGAAGGUGGCCUAGGGGAGGCCGUUUGCUCGGCAGUAGUAAACGAGACUGGCUUUAAUCUUCAUCGUUUGGCUGUGUCCCACGUACCACAUUGCGGCAAACCGCAUGAGCUUCUCAAGCUCUACGGCAUUGACCGUGACGCCAUCGCCCAGGCCGUACGCAAGAUGCUCAGCACCUCCACCAAUGCCAAGUAACUCUCAUCUCCAGCCCUACACUUUUUCUCACCAAAUCUAUCAAAAGUCAAGUGAAUCCUCGUAAGUGUUUAAAGUAUUGUGAUUUUGUGAUCUUCCAGGGUAGAAUUCCACUUUCACUCAUCUUUUAAUGCACCCAACACACUACACUAAAACACUAAUACACUCACACAAACCUACAUAUCCCAUCAAUUUUUUCAUGUUCACUAAGAGUACCUCGUGAUGAUUCCAUGUGUUUUUGAAAUGCUUUUUAAGUCACGUCAUUAGAGUGACAAUCUUUUUAUAUAUUAUUCCAAAUGUAGCUUUUGAAAUCAGGUGGGUGGUUUAGUUAGUAUUAAAGUAUUUGUCUUCAUGACGCUGUCAGAAAGAAACAAGGUGAGUUGUUGUCAGUAGAAGUUAGUAGAGAAAAAACGGAACAAAAACCAAAUGUAGAUUGAUUACAAAAUUGCACAAAAAACACAAGUCACAUCCACAGACAAUUCAAUACAAGUCUUGAAUUGCUUGUCUUCAGCAUUGUGUUUUGUUGUACCGUGAUGUCACCUACCAUUCACACCACACAACAGCAGUGUGCGUAAUUGUGUGGCCAUUGACACAUUGUGUGACAUUGUUACAUUGUGCUUUUAUAUGAGGAGGGGAUGUUCCCCCUGUGCUAAUGCAUAAGUUUGAUUGUGACUGCGCAAGGUAGAGUUAAGUCUGACUUGUGAACUGUUACUUGAAGUUUUGUAAGUACUAUACUUUCAUGUAAUAAAUCCCUCUACAUUUG